GCAUCUCGGAGCUCGAGCCCUCACGCCAACUCAACCGUCAGUGACGUCCGCGUCACGUGUGCGUCUCUUCCCUCGGUACGUCCGUCGUAUUUUCCUCCCCUCUGCUGUCUGCUUCAACACUGAGACAGAGCAGAGCAGAGACCUAGGCGAAAUAAACAAGAAACCCAGAAAGAUCGUCGCUGUCCGGACCGGUCUGACGCCGGGUGUCACGUUUGUCUGCAGCCGAUGGACGGAGAGGUCUUACACCUAUAAGUUGCUAUCAGUGAAGUCCGUUAGUGGCUGCUGUGUGAGCCCGUUUCAAUGUAAACUUUUUUUUUAACCCUUCAUUGCGCACACUGAGUUCCAACAAAAGGAGGAUUUUAUUGAAACCUGUACUACGAAUCACUCGGGGACCUAUGGACAAGUCCCUCCAUUCUCCUUCCCCCAUGUCUGGUCGACAGUGAAGGAGGAAUCCAUCUUCUCUUUCCCGCCCCUCAGCCAUUUGACCAGCCCUUCCCAACCCUGUGAUCACACCAUGGCCAGCAAAAGGAAGUCCACUACACCCUGUAUGAUCCCAAGUAAGCUCAUCCGCCCAGAAGAGGAGGUUGAGCGGGACUCUCCGGUUCUUCUGCGUCACUCCAGGGUUUCUGGAGGUGACAGGCGCAGCCCCCUAGAUGGCAGCGAGUCCUCCAAACCAGAAGCAGGAGAUGCAGACAAGGACAGUGGAGGCAUUUACACCUGUAAGCCGUGCAAUUUCGAAACUCAUGACCUCAACUUGUUCCUAGAUCAUGUCUACACAGGGCACCCGGACUUCCGGGCAGACCCAGGCUUCGUCUGCAAGAGCUGUGGAGUUUCGGCACCAAAGUUUGAGGGGCUAGCUCUGCACAACGCCAGGGUCCAUCCUAGCACUUUGAAUACAACUCUGCAGCUGAGGAAAAGGGACAGGAGGGCGGUGGUAGAGCAGAAUCUGGUGAUUGGGGUGGAGGUGUGCAGGGACAGUGAAAUUUCCAUCACUAAAACUCCAAUCAUGAGGAUGCUGAAGGGCAAAUCUGAACCCAAACGGAUUGUGGUGUCUCACGCUGUUUCUGACGAGCCGUCCUCAGAUAUGCACUGUAUAUCCAGGGAAUCUGAAAGAAAAGCGUCUGCUGCUGUUACAGUCACCCACGUCCCCACGAUUGUCCACAACGGAGCAAGCAAGGCCACCCUGCCCUCAGCGAUCCAGAUUGUCAACGGCUCCGCAGGAUUACCCUUGCUGAAGACGCCCAUCACACAGGUUGUAUCUGUUGCUCAGAACCGAAGUCUUCACCACUCUGCACCUCUCACAGCUUCAACAGUUUCCUCUGCUUCUUCAUCCUCAUCCUCGCAAAAUCUUCCCAAGGUAAUGAUCCCUCUGAGCAGCAUCCCCACCUACAGUGCGUCCAUGGACUCCUCUUCCUUUCUAAAGACCUCCUUCAGUAAGUUCCCGUACCCCACAAAGGCAGAGCUUUGCUACCUGACUGUGGUCACCAAGUUCCCCGAGGAGCAGAUCAAGAUCUGGUUCACAGCUCAGAGACUGAAGCAAGGCAUCAGCUGGUCUCCUGAGGAGAUAGAGGAGGCCAGGAGGAAGAUGUUCAACACCAUCAUCCAGACGGCACCUGUUAGCUCACAGAACCAAAGCCAGAGUCACCACAGCCCAGCGCCACACACAAUCACAGUGCUACCUGCCUCUCUGGGGCCCACGGGGAUUCCUCAGUUUCUGCAGGGAUCUCUCGUCAGCCAAGGAGGAGUCAUCGUCACGCAGCCUGUGGUUGCAAACGGUAUCCAGGUUAGCAGCGCUCCGGUGGCCCUGGCUGUCACACCGAAGCCCCAGGCGGCGGCUCGGCCCAUGAUGCAGGCCCGACCUGCUGCGGCUCUGGUGGCGGAUAAAGGCACCAGCAUGGUGGUGGGCACGGUGGGCAGCAGCAGCGCAGGUAGCAACAUCAUUACCAGCACUAAAGCUGUGGGAGGGGGCACUAAGAUCACCAAUAGUACUGAGGGUGGUGUCAUCAACCUUAGCCUUGGAAGCGGUAGUCAUAGCAACACUAAGACGAGCAGCGUCAACUGUAAAAACAGCAGUGCUAAUACCAACUCCAGCGACAAGAGCGGCAGUGAUGUUAGCAGCCGGGUCGGCAGGAAAAACACAGACGUUAAACCCAACAACAGCAGCACAGUGCAGGCUGACUGUAAGACCCCCACAGAAAGCAAAGCUGUCAUCAUGAGCAGCAGUGAAAGCCUGAAGAGCAAAUAUACUAAUGGUAGCAGCAAGCAUCACAACUCAGCCAGUACAAGCACAGAGGAAGCAGAUCCUUCUGCUUGUGACUCUCCAACCAUCAAAAUGGAAGAGGCUUCCUCCCCUGUCUCCAAAUCUCCCUCUCCUGCUGUGGCUCCUGGCAGCAGCUCUGGCUCCCGGACACCCUCCAACGCUUACCCGGACCCCAACUUUUACAAAGGCAAGAAGUCUCAGGAGCAGCUCAGUGCCCUUAAGGACAGUUUCCAGGUGAGCCAGUGGCCUGACCAGGAAGAGGUGGACCGUCUUAUCGGUCUCACUGGCCUCACCGUGCGUGAGGUCCGCAAGUGGUUCAGCGACAGACGCUACCACUUCCGCAACUGCAAGGGCACCCGCUCCAGCACAGGUGGGCAGAGUAAGCCCAGUGCUGCGUCGGGGGCAGGAAGCGGCACAAGCGCGGCAGGGAGCAGCGCCGCUUCCGGCAGUAUCUCCCCCGUGGAUCUGUCGGAAAGUAGCACCAGCAACUCUGGCACCAAAACACCCCAGCACAGCUCUCGUACCGCUGCUCAGAGCCCACCUCCUACACAGACUCCCACAUCUCCAACUAAUCCUUCCAGAAGGCUCUUCAGAUUGCCCUCACCUGAUUUCACAGCCAUCCGCUACAAGGAGCGAGACCCCCACCAGGUUAUAGCCCUUGAGGCCAGCUUUGCCCAGAACGCUGACCCGUCAGGAGAAGAAGUGGACAGGCUGCGCUCUGAGACCAAGAUGACUCGGAGGGAGAUACAUGGCUGGUUUGCUGAGAAGAGGAAGAGAGUGACUGCUGAGAAGAAGAAGAAGAAGAAGGAGGAGGAGGCAGAGCAGGUGCUGAAAGAGGACGGGGAGGAGAUGGAGGCCAAUGGAGAAGAGAGGCAGAGGGAUGAUGGUUCAGGGGAACCAAAAGUUAACCCCAUCAAAAUAAAUCUGAAGAUGCUUAAGGUGACCGAGGCCAGUGGUAAAACAGAGGGGGAGGCAUUGAGUAAUACGACCUUACAUUCCCAGUCUGGCAGCACGCCUGCCUCCACGCAGGGCCCCACCUCUACCACCACCACUAAACCACCCCAACCUUCCACCCCAACGCCGAAAACUUCCAACUCCCCUAAACCUUCAACCGUCCGAGGCAAGAAGACCGCGGAGCAGCUCCACCUGUUAAAACAGGUCUACGCUCGAACCCAGUGGCCCAGCGCCUCCCAGUAUGAUGAGCUAAUUUCAGGGACUGGGCUGGCCAGACCUGAAGUAGUUCGAUGGUUUGGGGACUCGCGUUAUGUGCAGAAGAACGGACAACUGAAGUGGUUGGAGGAGUACCAGAACAUGGCCCUGGAGGAGGAGCUGCAGAAGGAGAACUCAAAGAUCCUCCAGGAUUAUUUGGAAGCUCACGGCAGGCUGGAGGACCCACAGUUAAAGGAACUGGCGGAGAAGACUGGUCUGACGAGCGACUUGGUGCGACAUUGGUUCUUUACCAAGGGGGCGAUGCCCGAUGUUAAACAAACCGCUGCCCACAGGACGGGAACGGAACCAGGUGUAGCAGCGGAGCCGCCGGCGUCAGCUGGAUCCUCGCCUCCCGAGCCGCAGCCAGGAGGCGAGACAGAGGAGAAAAUGGAGCAGUCGGUAUGCGGUGUCGCAACAGAAGCACAGGAGGCCAAUCCUGCCAGCUCUGCUGCUACAGGAACUGAAGAGGCCUUUGUAUGAGGGUGGACUUCACGAGGCAGGUGGCCUUUGUCCUGGGAGUCAGAGUAAAAGACAGCAGAUGGAUUUUGUAACUAGAUCACUGGUUUGAAACUGAUCUCAAAUCCAUCCUCACCCACCUUUCUCUCCAUUUCCCUCCCCCUCUACAGGAGAUGGACACUAGAGCCAAACACUCCCUCAUUGUGCCAUUUCAUGUAGCUUUCUGCUACUCGUACACUCCCAGGUGACUUCAUCAGGCUGAUUUACUUCAUGAGGGAAUAUUUGGUGGACAGAACAGAGGCCCGAUCAUACGUGGGAGUCUGACACUUGGCUGAACACUCAGAAGUGUUGGGAAGUUUGUCAUCAUCAAGUCUUUGCUGCAGGGUGCUUGCUGUAACCUUAGAUUAACGUCUUCGGUUGCAGUCGUGCUUAGUUUUCAUCUUGUCUAUUCUGCUCACUUAUACAUCCAAACCUGGCUGCUCUGUGUUUCUUGGCAAUUCUCACUCCUGAAUGCAUUUUCUUGUCUUGGACUGGACUUUGUUCAGGAAGACAUUUAGACUUGCAUCUUUCAACUAAAGGCAGGCAGGCCCCCUGUGAUGUCUUGAAGGAAUGAAACAAAAGAAGAUAUGUUAAAACGUGGAGUAUGGAUCGUCUCGUAGCAUCAAGUGCUUCUCUGUCUUGUUUUUAUGGAACUUUCUUAGGAACAAAUGUAACUGUAAAAGAUCUGUGAACUUUUACCAGACUUCCAUACUUACUGAAUGCUUGGUGUACAAUUUUUACAGAUGCAUUUGGAGAAUAAACAGAAUGUAAUGAA